ACAGAACACAUUUAUUUACACGUGAAUGAAACCGCCAUUAGGAGGCAUUUAAUCAUAUUUGUAUCCCGCUCAUCCUUUAUCCAAAGGUCGAGCGCGAAGUAUUGAACUUGGAAAGCUAGCGUCACCGCCAAACUUGCAAGCAAACCCGAAACGGUUGUAAGACUAUGUGUAGCUUUGCUCGGGUUGUAAAUAGCUUUUCUCGGAGCCGCUUGAGUUGUGGUCAAUUUGCGCAUUGCCUGUGAAUGGUGUCAAUAGUGAGUGUGAUGGCUCGUUGUGACGGUGUUUUCGUUACUUGGUCGGUGUUUACUUGUUGCUUGUGCUUGUCUAUAUCCUCGGUUACUUGUGCUUGUCUAUAUCCUCGGUAGUCCCAUCACCUUUCAGAUCCGUGUGCAAAGCUAUCCCUCCAGUGGCGGAUCGGUACACAUGUACCUAAAGAUAUACGCGAACUACAUAAACCGUUGCCUCUCCCAGGUGAGACUCAUUCAUUGAACAUUACCAGGACAAGCCGAUAAGAUUAACAAACAACACGACGAUGUUCAGUCGAGAGGCACUACUCCGCGCUGAACGGGUGGCUACCAGGCAGCUCCUGCGUCUGCAACAACAGCGGUUUCGGGCAACGGUGACGUCGGUACAGGACCGCACCACGGAGCCUUCCCUGGAAGCUCAAACAGAAACGAGGUCCUUCAGUUCAGCCUUGCCCUUUGAUCAGAUCCCGGGGCCCAGGAGUCUCCCAGUUAUCGGAACACGUUGGCUGCACAUGCCAGGUGGCCCCCUUUACGGCAUGACCUUCUACGAGAAGACCUGCAAGCUAAGGUCUAUGUUUGGAGAUAUCAUACGAGAAGAAGUAGUUCCUGGGUUCAACUUGUUACAUCUGUACAAACCGGACGACUACGAGACUGUGUACAGGAAUGAUGGAAAGUAUCCGGUGAGGAACUCCUUCUUCAUGCUCCGGAGGUACAACAAGAAGUACAACGACGGCAUCCAUGGCAUCAUUGACAGUGAAGGCGAGUCGUGGCACCGACUUCGUAGACAGGUGCAGCAGAAGAUGCUUAAGCCCAAAGCUGUGUCGGCCUAUUUUAAUGACCAGGCCCAGGUCGCCGAUGACUUCAUCGACAGUUUACGCCAACAUAGGAACAACGACGACAUCAUCGAGGACUUGCUGCAGCACCUGUACACAUUUGCCGCUGAAUCUAUUGGGGUAGUGUGCUUUAACAAACGUAUCGGGGCACUAGACGCUAAUGCGGGACCUAACAGUGAAGCAAGACAGUUUAUCAACGCCGUUAGUGACGUGCUGCACGCAACCCACACCGAAAUGAAGAGUUUUUUUCUGUUCAUGUACUUCGACACCCCGAUGUUCAAACGUCUAGUAAAGGCCCAGAAUCUCAUCAGAAGCAUAUCCACUCAACAUGCCCAAGACUCCCUUAAGAGGGUGUUGGAGGCUUCGGCUAGUGGUCAAGAGAUUGAUGGGGAACACGGUGACCUCAUUCCAUACAUGAUGACCAAGACUAAUCUCAGCGAGGCGGAAGUAAUGACGGUUGUGUCCGAGUUUUUCUUCGGCGGUGUCGAUACUACAAGCCAUAUGCUCGGCUUCAUCCUGUACAACUUGUGCAAGAACCCGGAUGCCAUGGGGCGACUGAGAGAGGAGAUCGACACCAUUCUUACAGGUGGGCGUCCCCCAACAGAUGAAGAUGUUUCGAGGAUGUCUUAUCUGAAAGCAGUCUUCAAGGAGGCACUUAGGAUAAUUCCUGUUGCUCCUGGCAACGGCAGAUCAGCAACACGUGACCUCGUUCUUUCAGGCUACAGAAUACCAAAUGGGACCGUUAUGGCUCUCCACCAUGACGUCACAGGUCACGAUGACCAAUACUUCCAAGAGGCCGGUCUGUUCAAACCCGAGCGCUGGCUGAGGUCGCCGGAGAAUCAACAAACAGUUCAUCCCUUCGUCUUCAUGCCGUUUGGCUUUGGAGCCAGAAUGUGCGUUGGAAAGAGAUUUGCUGAACAGGAAGUGGCCCUUGCUCUCGUCAAGUUUCUGCAGAACUUUGACAUCGAGUAUUGCCACACAACAGAUCUGAAAUAUGAAAUGAACAUUGUGAACACCCCAUUAACGCCUCUCCGCUUCCGGUUAUCCGACCGGAAGUAAUCAGUGUUGAAUCCUGAUUGGCUGACUGAAACUCAAGUGUUGCCAAGUUCCCACAAGAGGGCAUAUGUUGAUCAAGGUGAAGGCCAUGUGCUGAGAACAACACCUUGUGAUAAUUUAUCAUUUGUGAAGAACGGAGUUAUACCGACGAACGAAGACGUUCUGUCUCUGUGUUAAACAAGUCGCUAACUGUAUAGUAUUACUAAAGUCGCUAAUUUUGACAUGUACUUGAAAGUAUGUAACGAGUUGACGCCAACUCUACACAUACCUGACGUCGUU